CCUUUUGUCCUCCGCUCCUUCUCUUCAUCUCAUCUCGUCUCCUUCGCUCUCUCACUUUCUUUAGCUCAGUCGGAUAACAUGCACCGCAACCAGCCUCACAUCCCUUCAGCUGGUGCGGCUGCGGUCCCCAUUCUUGACUUGAAACCUGCUAAACGUCGGGGAAACUACAACUGCAGCAGAUGUGGUAUGCCUAAGAAGGGCCACUCCUGCAACGUUGCUGUUCAAGCAACCUCUGCCGCUACUCCUGGUCCGACGACCACAGUUGACUCCUCUUGCUCUGCUUCCCGCACCUCUAAUACCCCGCAGUCGCGUCAGCCUUCCAACUUCCGUCGUGCUCUUUCGUUUGAUGAUGUCGAUGUUCGCUGCGACUCGCCGGAACGAGCAGUGGACAACUCCGAUUACCAGGAGUCGCCUCCGGAUCUGGAUCCGGAUGAGGUGAUGAGGUCCGGUGGGUUGUCGGCGGUGUGUCUGUGGGAGGUUUUGAGGAGGCUACCUCCUGUGGAGCUUAUAGCUGCUGCGGGGGUAUGCAAGGGGUGGAGGGAUACAGCCAGGAGUCUCUGGCGAGCGGCCGAGGAGCUGAGACUUAGAGUCCCUCGUAGAACUCAGCUCGGAUUCGUUGGAUCCCUCUUGCAGAAAUGCCCGGCCCUCGUUAGGCUCUCCCUUAGAAUGGAAAGUGAUGUGGAUUCAACAAUGCUGGCUUGCAUUGCAUUUUCAUGCCCUAAUUUGGAGAGUAUGGAGAUUUGUACAUCGGAAACAGCAGUCAAUCGGAUCACAGGAUGAACUUGGUCGUUUUGUUGCUGACAAACGGUGUCUCACGAGCGUUAAGAUGGAAGGAUGCUCUAAUUUAGGAGGCUUUGUCCUCUAUUCAACAAGUCUUUCUACACUCUGGCUUUCAGAUCUUCAUUCUCUAUCCAAGAUGGUAAAUGUUUGAUACAGUCAUUUGUCUUUGGUUUUGAUUUUCAGAGAAAAUUAUCUGAAUUUCCCUUUUUAUGUACUUGAACUGAUUUGUUUGGAGAAGAAAAAACUUCAAUCCAACCUCCAUGCACCGCAAUUUUAUUUUUAUUUUGUGGGUGUUAUUUAGUUGUAGUCAGUUGUGUUUGUCAGUAUAAUAUGGAAAGGUUCUUGUUUUUACAUCUCUUCUUCCGCCUGGUCAUGGUUAUAUGUCUAGCAGCUUUAGCCAUGUGCUUGUUUUUGAACUUUAUUUAUGAUGGAUUUGCUUCCCUUUUUGUUUGAAGCUCUAUGAAUGAGAUUUUUUAUGCUUUGGCUGAACGUAUUCUUCCUACAUCAGCAGUAGCAUCAAAUCCUAAUGCCAAGUAAGCUCUUAAUUCUUACUUUGUGAAUUAACAUAUAAUUUGUCC